UUUAUCAAAGCACCAUCGAAACACAUCCGACACGUGACUCCAACCUUAUUUUUUAAAGUUGUAGCCACUCAGGAAAAACAAAAUUAAUUUUCGCGCCAAAUGUCUUCGUCAUCAUUCGGAAGUCAUCGAUUCGCUACAACGAAGAAACAAUUUCCGAAAAGUUUCCGGAAGAGGGGUGCGACUUGCCGACUGAUCUUAUUUUGCAGAGAGUGGCUUGAAGUGAUUUGUGAACAAUAUUUGAGGAAGAGAGGAAGAUGCGAAGGUAAAAUUGGAGUGAAAAGUCGCCAUGUCUCUGCAAGUGGUGGUCAUUAAGGCCACAAAUGUCCCCAACGCGGAAAAAUUUGGAGAAAGCGAUCCUUACGUAUCUAUCGAAUUCCAAGGAAUAAAGAAGAAAACUGAGGUGAUCAAAUCAAAUCUAAACCCAGUGUGGAAUGAGACCUUUGAUAUCGAUCUUUUGGGUAAAGCAGUGACAGCUUCAGAUGAGUUGCAGGUUAAAAUCAUGGACUGGGAGAGGGUGGGCCGGAACCGACUUCUGGCCCAGACCAAAGUACCUCUGCGAAACUUACUUCGUGGUGGAACCCAGUCUGAAUCGCUCAACCUCAGUCUCACAGACAGUAAUGGACGACCCACCCAGACAAAACUGGAGAUGAAGUUGUUGUACAAGCCGCCAGCAUCUGCCUCCCCCGCUGCCGCAGGAGCCUCAGGUGGUGGUGACCCCACCCAGGAAACUGAAGGUCAGGCACUGGGGGAUUCCUUGUUGGAGGGGGAUGAGGGAGAUGAAGAAGAGGAAGUGGAUACUGGUCCACCUCAGAUUGACCCUGCCACUGGACAGGUCAUCCCCAAACCCAAACGGAGAAAGAAGCGUGGCAAAUUUGGGCGCAGAAAAAUUCUUGAAAAUCUCUCCACCAAACCAACAGAUUUCCAAAUUAGGGUGAAGGUUAUUGAGGCCCGGCAGUUACAAGGUGCAAAUAUCCAGCCUGUUGCCAAGGUUACAGUAUCCAACCAAACAAAGCAGACUCGAGUGAAGAAGUCAACCAACAGCCCUAGCUGGAACGAAGCCUUCUUCUUCAACUUCAAGAAAUCUCCAUUAGAGCUGAUGGACGAGCUCAUCGAGUUCAAAGUCUUCAAUUCCAAAAAACUUAGAUCUGAUGCCCUGAUUGGUUCAUUUAAGUGUGAUAUUGGCAUGGUGUACAUAGAACCCAGGCACUCCUUUCUCCACAAGUGGAUGCUGCUGAGUGACCCCGAGGACCAGAUGGCAGGGGCCAAGGGUUACCUCAAGGUGUGCGUGUGCAUCAUUGGCCCAGGGGAUGAGGCCCCGAGUUUCAAGCCAGUAGCUAAUGAAGAAUCGGAUGACAUCGAGAGUAAUUUACUACGUCCCGCAGGAGUGCAGCUACAACCUGCGACCUUUACUAUGAAACUUUACCGUGCUGAAGACAUUCCAAGGAUGGACUCCGCCUUCAUGCAAGGAGUGAAGAAAGUGUUUGGGAUUGGAGAGGAGCAAAAAGAACUUGUGGACCCAUACUUUGUCUUUAGUUUUGCAGGGAAAGAGGUGCAGUCUAAAAUAAUGUAUAACAAUGACCAUCCAGACUGGAAUCAGAUCUUGAAAAUUGGCAUCCAGUUUCCUUCUAUGUGUGAACGCCUCAAAUUCACCAUCAAGGACUGGGAUAGAAUAAGCAAAGAUGACACCAUUGGAACCGCCAUAUUGGCUACGUCCCUCAUCGCCUCCUCGGGUGGCUCCGGUCCUGAAGAUGGUUUUCUUCCCACUUUUGGCCCCAGUUUUGUGAAUUUCUAUGGAUCCACCCGUGAAUACUCAGAUUUACCUGAUGAAUAUGAUGAUCUUAACCUGGGAAAGGGAGAAGGUGUGGCUUAUAGAGGAAGAGCCUUAGUGGAAUUACAGACCAACUUAGGGGAGUUACCCGAGGUAGCUCUGGAGGACAUUCAGAAUGAUGACCUCUUGAGAGUUCAGAAAUUUAUGAGGCGUAGGAAGUAUAAACUUCAUGCUGCAUUUCUCAAUGCCACCAUGGUGAAUGCUAUCGAUGCUCCAGUGGAAUUUGAAGUCAGCAUUGGUAACUAUGGUAACAAGUUGGAUGAGAACACUGCCCCGUGUGCUUCCACUACACAGCCGACAAACGCAGUGUUUGAUGGAUGCCAUUACUACUUCCUGCCAUGGUCUGGAACCAAACCCUGCGUCGUCGUGGAGUCAUCCUGGGAAGAUAUCAGCUUUAGGUUGGAGGGGCUCAACUUACUGCUCAAAGUCAUAGACACUCUGGAGGCUAAUAUAGAACAGGUCAGUAUUGGGAUCAAGGCCAAACUUCCCACUCCUGAGCUGGCCCAGCUGCUCAUCUCCCUGCUUGACCAGCUAGAACAGGACUGCAGAAAAUCCCUUCCUGAGCCGAAAGCAGGAAAACAUGUCAGUAAUGAGCUGGAUCGACUAACUCGAGAAUACCGACAGUUUGAGUUUGACAAUAUUAAAGAGAACGUCAUCAAACUAAAACAGUCAGCAACAGAUGUACACGAAGCCAUGGCCGAAGUGGAAAACUAUCUUCAAAUACUCAAAAACCUGGCGAAAGAGCCACAGAACAGUAUGCCCGAUGUGGUGAUAUGGAUGAUCAGCGGAGAAAAGCGGCUUGCUUACCACAGAAUUCCUGCCAAUGAAGUCCUUUGGUCAAAUAAUCCUGAUUAUAUUGGCAGACUGUGUGGGCGUCUUCAAAGCCUCCAACUCAAAUUUCCUGGUAUUAAGGCAGAGAAGGAGAAGAUAAGUGAAGUUCCAGCUCUGCUCCGGAUCAAAAUAUGGCUGGGUCUGGCUAAUGAGGAUGAUGCCUGGCAUCGCAUGCAGACAGAGGGAGAGCUGGCUGUCUUUGCUGAAACAUAUGAGAAUGAGUGUAACAUACCAGUGGUGGGAUGGACAAAGAAGGGACCACUUGGCCGGCCAAAGUGGUCAGACAGUCAGGGAAAGUGUAAACUACCCCGGGAGACCUUUGAACCGCCCCCAGGCUGGCGAUGGGAGGGGGACUGGUACGUCAGUCCAGAACUCAGUAUGCUGUUUGAUAAGGAUGCAGGUCAUAAGACGUACAUGGAAGAAUGCUACGAGAUGCAUUCUCGUUUACCGGCCACCAGCUGGGGACCAGCCAGUCGACCAUGGACUGAUGUGAAAGGUGACGAGAUGCCCCCCAGGGAUUCUGUGGACCUUCCACCGGGAUGGGUGUGGGAGGACGUAUGGCAGAUCGACCUGUCCCGCGCGGUGGACGAGGAAGGCUGGGAGUAUUGUGUAGAGGCCACCAUGGGAGGAUAUGGUCCAGUAGAAAAACGCUACCACCUCUGUCGACGACGGCGCUGGGUCCGAAACCGAAAGCUGGUAGAGGAUGAUAAACAGAAAAAACACAAGGCUAAGAAAAUUGAGGAGGCGGCAGAAGGUUGGGAGUAUGCUCCCUUGUUUAAUCUCAAGUUCCACGCCACGGAACGCACAAUGGACUUGGUUCGCCGAAGACGCUGGCAUAGAAAGAUGGUGUGCGAAAAGAAAGGAGCAGACUGCUUUUUUGCGAUGAAGUUUGAGGACGAGGAUGAUAAAGAAGACUUUAAUGCAGCUUAUGCGGCACCAAGAAUGUUCCUGACUUUCAAGAAACCAUACAAGUACCAGCUGAGGACAUACAUUUACCAAGCCCGGGAUCUUCUAGCAGGGGACGAGACUGGGCUCUCAGACCCGUAUGCUCGCAUUUCUUUCCUGACCCAGAGCUCCAUGACGGAGAAGAUGAUGAAGUCUCUCUGCCCCACCUGGGACCAGACCUUGAUUUUUGAGGAGAUUGAAAUUUAUGGUGACCCUCAGUCCAUUGCAGAGAAUCCCCCAGAAGUUGUUGUUGAAAUAUUUGACUUUGAUAAAUUUGGCUCCAAUGAGUUCUUGGGUCGAACUAAAGCCCAUCCAAUGGUGAAGCUGGACCCUGGGGAUGCCAGAAUGCCAGUGCUACAGUGGUAUCCCAUUACCAGGGGACAGGAGGAGGGUGGAGAACUUCUGGCUGCAUUCGAGCUCUUCCUGGUACCAGACAAGAAUGCUUCCAUGGAGAGUCUGUUGGCAGGGUCCGAUCUACCAUUCUUACCUCCAAAGAAAGGAGAUCUCUUCCUUGUACCCAAUGGAAUCAGGCCUGUCAUGCAAAGGACUGCUAUUGAGGUGCUCUGUUGGGGUGUGCGAAACAUGAAAAAAUUCCAGCUGGCAGCAGUUACUUCCCCUAGCAUCGAAUUUGAAUGUGGAGGUCACAUCUUUGAAUCCAAAGUCAUCAAGAACACAAAGAAAAACCCAAAUUUUGAUGAGAACAUUCUAUUCUUUGAUGUGAUGUUGCCCCGUGAAGAACUGUACAUGCCGCCAAUGAACAUCCGUGUGAGGGAUCACCGACAGUUUGGCAGGAAACCAACCGUGGGUAUCCACGUGCUGAAGUCCCUGGAGGAUUAUCGCUGUGAGGCUGUUAGACAGGAACAGGAGGGUGAUGAUGAUGGUGUGCAAGGUGUCGGGUCCAGUCCUGACAUCACUCAGGCCCAGCUAGAGGGUUUGAUGAAUGCUGCGGUCAAUCGAUACAAGGACAUCCAGUCCUCGGUGGCUAGGGCUGAUUCUGGCCAAACCAGCUAUCAGACAGGAGGACUUGUGAAUGGGAGUCGCAGUGGAGAACAUGUCAUUGAGAUGCCAGUUGAGGAAAAAAAGGCAGAGCGGAAAUCGGGCCUACAGAUAGGUCAAUCAAUAAAGUCCUUUCCCCAAUUAGAACUGCCGGCACUGUUUGGCGGGAAGAAUGACGAGCCGGACCCUGUUGUAGACGAGGAGAUUGACUGGUGGUCAAAAUAUUACGCCUCAACAGGACAAACGCACAAGUGCCGCAAGUAUGUGGAAAAAGGCCAUGAUAAAAUAGAGAUUUAUGAGACCCCCCUAGAGGAUGUAGAAUUCACUAAAGGCUUCACCGACUUCUGCUCCACAUUUGAAUUACAGAGAGGAAAGGAUGAGGAGGAUGAAGAGUCCAGUACUGUGGGAGAGUUCAAGGGAGGGUUUAAGGUUUAUCCCCUGCCCCCAGACCCUAAUGAGGAAAUGCCUUCCAAACAAUUUGUCAAUCUUCCAAGCUCAGCUCCAGAGGAGUGCAUCAUUCGCGUUUAUGUAGUCUGCUGCAUUGAACUUCAACCAAACGACUCCAGUGGACUGGCGGAUCCCUAUGUUGAGAUUAUUCUUGGCAACAAGAAGAUCAGUGACCGGGAUAAUUACAAGCCCAACACGAUUGACCCAGUUUUUGGACAGAUGUUUGAAUUGACAUCAAUGUUACCAGUGCAGAAAGAUCUGACAGUUCGCAUUAAGGAUUAUGACCUCAUAAGCAGUGAUGAUGUCAUCGGGGAGACUGUAAUAGAUCUAGAAAAUCGUUAUGUAUCCAAGUUCCGUGCAACCUGUGGACUUCAGAAGUCAUACUGCAUAGCGGGGGUGAACCAGUGGAGAGACGGAGCCAAACCACGGGAGAUUCUGGACAACUACUGUAAACAGAACCACGUGUCGGGCCCACUGUACUAUGGUAACAACAGUGUCAAGGUCGGCAAAAAGAUCUACAACCUCGCAGAUUUUGAGCCUAACAAACCAGUGGAUCCUAAUGCGGGAGCUGCUGAAGAACGCUUAGCUUUACAUGUGUUACACACCCUCCCUCUGAUUAAGGAACAUGUAGAGACACGCCCAUUGUUUAACCCGAUCCAGCCGGGCAUAGAACAGGGCAAGGUUCAGAUGUGGGUGGAUAUUUUCCCUAAAUCUAUUGGCCCACCAGGACCUCCAUUUAACAUCGAACCACGGAGAGCAAAAGAUUACAUACUGCGAAUCAUCAUUUGGAACACUGUUGAUGUCGUGUUGGAUGAGGAGUCAAUUACUGGAGAACAAAUGUCGGAUAUAUACGUCAAAGGCUGGGUGUCCGGUAUCGACGAGAAACAGAAAACUGAUGUUCACUAUAGGUCGUUAGAUGGAGAGGGAAACUUUAACUGGAGGUUUGUCUUUCCCUUCAGUUAUGUUCCAGCAGAGCAGGUGAUGGAGGUCAGGAAAAAGGAGCACUUCUGGAGUUUAGAUGAAACUGUGCAGCAUCUUCAGCCUAAUGUCAUGAUCCAAGUAUGGGACAAUGAUAAAUUCUCCAUGGAUGACUUCCUUGGUACCCUGUGCUUAAACCUGAAUGCCAUGCCAAAGCCAGCCAAAAAGGCCGGUAGCUGCAAACUGACCAUGCUGCCUGACAUCACAACAGGACCAGAGAUUAAACUGGUGUCCCUGUUUGAACAGAAGAGACUACGAGGGUUUUGGCCAGUGUACAACGAUGAAACAGGCGAAAGAGUGCUCACGGGUAAGGUUGAGAUGGAAUUAGAGCUGGUCACCUGUGAGGAGGCAGAGGAGAGACCAGCAGGUCAAGGUCAGGAGGAGCCUAACAUGAACCCCAAACUGGAUCCACCCAAACGACCAGAGACGUCCUUCCUGUGGUUUGCGUCGCCGUGGAAGACGUUGCGGUACAUUAUCUGGCGUAAUUACAAGUGGUACAUCAUUGGAUUCUUCCUCCUCAUCCUUCUGCUGCUGCUUAUUUUCCUCUUCCUGUACUCUUUCCCGGGAGAUAUAUCUCAGAAGAUUGUCAAUGGUUAGAGAGGAUCACAGAACGGUACAUCUACACAGCAAAUCUUGGACCAAACCAUCCAGUGAUCAUAACACCAAAGAGAGCAUUGCAUACAAACCCUCAGUUAUUUAUUCUUUUUUUUUUUUUUUUUUUUUUUUUAAAAUCUCUUUAUAUAGGGGGCUCUGCUUGAGGGAGAUAACUCUUCAGGGAAUGAUAUUUUGACAGAAGCUUCCAAAACUGAAAGAUUUUCACCGUAAGGAAUGGCGGAAGGACAUGCUUGUAUUGUGUAGUAGAGGAAGAAGAGCAGUCGUUUGGUUACAGAGUUAUAGAACUGUGAACAACACAUGGUGAACAAAAAACAGGACAGCAGUGUGUUAAAUGGGUCUUUCUUCUGAUUCUCUGUGAUAAUGUUAUGAAUGCUUCUAAACAUUGAUAGACAUUAUUUUUGAAACAUACUUAAAAAAGGUCACUGACGAAAAAUAUUUUUGAGUGUUAUUUGUUGUUAUGACAAUAUUUUGUUGCUAUGAGAGCAUGAUAAUGAUCAAAAUGUGAUCCCAACGACUCUUGUACUUAUAGCCUUUCUAUCUGUCAGUGGAUGGUAUUAUGCAUUUAUAUUCAUCUAACCUUUUAUUGUUCAGCAUCUUCAUCUUGUAUUCAUGUGCUCAUAACACUAACUGCUAUGUAUUGAACAAUUAUAGUACUCCUGCCAUUUUGUUUGAAAAAUUACCAAAAAAAAAAAUAUAUUUCUAGCUAUAAUUUCUUAUAAAUGAAAUAUGGGUAGAAUUUUAUAAAUUAUGUAAACCUUCUGUCAGAUGGUGUGUGAAAAAUGUGUGACAGACGUUUUGUAUUACAUGCAACCUUGACUUUAGUACUAUCAGUAAAAUUAUAUUUUGCCUUUAAUUAUAAAUCAUACAGAUUGUUAUUGUUAAAUCUGAUGCUGUUAAUUUUUAUGAUAUUAAGAAAUUAUAUUUUCUAUGCUGCAUAAACCCCAUUGUGACUGAUAUUAUGUCUUGUUUGACAUUGUGUGUUACCAGGUGUAACUGAUCACAGAUCUGAAAUUACAAUAGAGAGCUUCCAAAUGCAUUUAGUUACAGAUAAUAAUCUAUUUGUGAUAUUUAGGUGCAAUGUGUACCAAUUAGAAAGCUUCAAAAUGCAUUUAGUUACAUACAAUAAUCUAUUUGUGAUAUUUACGGUAGGUGGAAAAUAGAAAGUGGAAAGGAUUUAGGGAGCUGAAGAAGAAUUCAUUUUGAAAUGUGGAUGGAGCAUUGAAAAAUUUGAGUUUGAAAAGAAAAUGAAUACCAGUAUGUAUCAGUGGUCGUUUUCACUUGGUAUACCAUAAUGACUUGGAAAUUUCAGUGCAAUCAUAUAUAGUGUGUGUAUUUAAGGGAUGUGGACUGUUCAAAUAAUGUUGUAGACCAAUAAUAAACUUCACAACUUGA